GACAGCGAGGAAGGAGAGAGACCGAGAAAGGAGAGAGAGACAGAGAGGAAGGAGACAGAGAACAGAGAGAGAGAAUAGAUCAGAGAUAGAAUAGAACAGAGGACCAGCUGUGUGGACCUUCAUAUGGAGUCUACAACAGAGGGAGGAGGAGGAGGAGGAGGGCUGAGGGAGCUGGUUCUAAAGUGGUUUACAGAGACCCAGGUCCCUCUCAUUCUCCUCCAUGAAGGAAACUUUCCCGAUUGGUUCCAAGGCUUCACCACCAGGAAGGAAGCAGAGGAUCAGCUGAGAGACAAGCCUCCGGGAUGUUUUCUCAUCAGACUCAGUGACAAAGCCGUAGGAUACAUCCUCUCAUACAAAGGACAAGAUCGCUGCCGCCAUUUUGUGAUCAACCAGGACCAAGCUGGGCUGUUCUCUGUCUCCGGGGACGACCAGCCUCACCACAGCCUCACAGAACUGAUAGAGCACUACAGAGUCCAUCCCAUCCAGCCCUUUGGAGAGUCCCUCACCUCUACAUACUGUUGUCAGUCAAGCUCAGGAGAGCUGUAUGAUGUGGUGCAGUUCGAGGCCAAAGAGAAGAAGAAGACCGGUGGGGUCAGUGUCCGAGCCCUGAGAAGUUACUGGGACCAGCAGAACGAACAGAAGAAUAACCAACACCAACAGAAUGACCAUCAAAAGGACCAUCACAAUGACCCACGGAAUGACCCACGGAAUGACCCACGGAAUGACCCACGGAAUGACCCACGGAAUGACCCACGGAAUGACCCACGGAAUGACCCACGGAAUGACCCACGGAAUGAGCAGCACCAAGGAAACGACCUGCCGCCAACUAGGCAGCCCCCUGCAGUGCCACCCGUGCUGCCGCCCAAAACCAACAACAGGAAGUUGACAUCAACAGUAUCCAUUGGCAGGAAGUCCCUCCCACAGCAAGCAGUACCUCCAGUACCAAGACGAGGCCCACCUCUGACCCACUCUCUGAGUGGAACCUUGUCUGACAAGAGCGCGUCUCAAACCCAAUACGCUAACUACAUCAUGACCAAACCAAGACCAAAUCUCAUGGUCAAACCCAAUACGCAGAACUACAUCAUGAUCAAACCAAGACCACAUCUCACAUUCAAACCCAAUACGCAGAACUACACACGAACCAGAACAAAGUGGAGAGACUGGCCAGUACUGGGAGUCUGA